CUAAAGAGGAGAGAAAUAUAGCCAUGGAGACGAUGAAGGUUGAAACCAUUGGUAAAGAAAUCAUAAAGCCAUCUUCCAAAACUCCAAAUAAUCUCCGAACUCUCCAACUCUCAAUUUAUGAUCACUUCCUUCCUCCCAUUUACACAGUAGCCUUUCUCUUGUACACCAAAAAUGAUCUAAUCUCUCAAGAACACACUUCCCACAAACUCAAGACUUCUCUGUCUCAAACCCUGACAAAGUUCUACCCUCUUGCCGGAAGAAUCAACGGAGUAACCGUAGAUUGUACCGAUGAAGGAGCUAUCUUUGUCGAUGCUCGUGUCAAUAACUAUCCUCUCACAGAAUUUCUCCAGUGCCCUGAUUUUGAUGCCCUCCAACGGUUGCUUCCUCUAGACGUUGUGGAUAAUCCAUACGUGGCUGCUGCCACAUGGCCUUUGCUUCACAAAAUCGCGGACGCAGCCUCCAUCUCGACUUUCAUUCGGUCUUGGGCCGCCACGGCUCGAGGAGAGAACGAUGCUGUGAAGGUAAGUCCAGAAUUUGUGGCAGCAAAUUUUUACCCACCAGCCAAUGAGGCUUUUAAGCUUCCUGUGGACGAACAAGCCGGCAAGAGAAUCAGCAUUACAAAGAGAUUUGUGUUCAAAGCUUCUAAGGUGGAAGAGCUCAGGACCAAAGCCGCUAGUGCAGAAACAGUAGACCAACCUACGCGGGUGGAGAGCGUCACUGCACUUCUAUGGAAAUGCUUCGUCGCAGCUGCAUGCUCAAAGAAAACCACUUGUGAUCACAAAGUGCUGAUCCAGCUCGCUAACUUGCGUUCCAAGAUACCUUCCCUUCUGCAAGAAAGCUUGAUCGAUCGGAAAUCUCAUGUUCUCUUCUGUGGCCUUGAGUAUGUUGAACUAUAAUCAAAUUCUCAUCAGUUCGUAUAAACUAAAGUCAUAUUU